AUGUUUCUCCUCCGCCGAGGCAAGUCGAAGCGCGCGAAAGCGGGCGCUUCGAACUCGAAGAGCACGCCAGCUACCCCCAGUUACACACUCCUCUCCGUCGAGCCUCUCCCUGAUCAUGAAGUCAUACGGGAAAAACCCAAGGUCGGAGGCAUACAAGUAGGAUUGGCUGGGAAGGAGCUGGCGCUGGAGACGGAGCUAGCAGAGUUGCGAGAGCAGUGCGAGACUCUCCGGGAGAAGCUCAGGGCGUUGGCGCUGGAACGCGAUAGUGGUAUCCGUGAUGCACAUGCCAGAGAAAGAGAGGUCGUGGAGGUAAAGAGAUAUAUGAACUUACUGAGGGACCAGUUAACGGCGUCCGAGCACCAACGCGAUCUGUUCCGGCGGGACGCUGAGGCAGCGCGCAACAGAACACAUGUGCUCGAGCAACAGUUGGAAGUAGCCAACCAGUUAGUGAAAGUCAAAGAUGGCGCACUGGCUGAGCAUCAGCGUAACAAUGCUAGCAUGUCAGCAUCACACGCGAAAGCUCUCGCAUUACUGCAGAACAAGACAGUGGAGCUCGAAGCAGCUCAGGCCUACCUCGAAAGGGUGGACAUCACGCCAGAAGACGAAGUCCUCAGAGCGAUCCACAAUCUCAACCAGAACAUCCUAGAAACCGCCAUCGCACUGGCUGAUGCGCUCCAGUACGAAAGCAAACACAAGACCCCGGACGAAGAUCGGACGCCCUCGGAUAAGGCGACGAGCCGCGUGAAGGAGAUGCUCGGCUCUUCCGUCGUGCAGCAGCUGAAGGACUGCCCGCAGAGGGAGGAUGCGGCGGUUAUUAUACAGAUCGCAUUCCAGGGCUGCAUGGUGCUGCAAUGCGCGUGGAUCGUCGCGGCCUGGCACUUCGACGUCGACCUGCCCAAGGAAGGCAAGCUGCUCCAGGAUAUAUACGACCAUAUACGACAGUCGGAGACGCAAGCCGUGUCAGGGAGAUGGCGCAGCGUUGCGCGCAAGCACAUCCAAGCUCUCCGGCACGGGGAGUCACCGCACGACUCCGCCAAGCCGCCCCUAAUCACGUACCUCGUCAAGCGCCUCGUGGACGUCCUCCUCGUCGCGGGCUGUAACUCAUACAAGGAGCCGCAGGUGCACGAGAUGAUCACCAACGUGUACGGCGACAGGCUGGACAACCUCGUGCGCCUCGCGCUGGGAUUGAACAGGCUCGUCGGGGUCGACGCGCUCAAUUGCGACUAUGAGCCGGUGUGGACGCGGCCGAACGUCGCGUUUAACCCCGUGUGGAUGGAGGACAUGGAUGGGAAAGGUAUCGAUGGAAGUCCGGGGGAUCAUCGAGCCCUGGACGAGCCGACUGUUAUUCGAGUGUUAUGCACGACGGGCUUGGGGCUGCGCAAGAAGGUGAAGGCAGCCGGGAGGCAGCGUCGGGGCUCUCGGAGUGAAUUGAGGAGCAUGCUGGUGCUCAAGCCGAAGGUGGCACUGGAGACGCUGUUGGACGGGCCAGAGCGCAGGACGAGCUGGUCUGGGACGAGCAUCCUCGGGAGCAGCGGGUCGGAAAGACUGUGA